AGUCCUUGGUCCUCGUUCAUUUAAGCUAAGCUGCUCCCACACCUAUGGUUCUACAUCUUUCUCUCUGUCUCUCUCUCUUGCUUCCAUUGGGCUGUCAGGCCUUGUGAGCGUGUACUGUGAGAGAGGCGAGGAGAGAGAGAUGAUGUCAAGGGAGCGCAAGAAGGCAGCCGCUCUUCAGGAGAAGCUGAAAAUCCUCCGCUCCAUCACUCACUCCCAUGCUAUGAACAACACAUCAAUAAUCAUGGACGCGUCCGAGUACAUCAAGGAGCUGAAGCAGAAGGUCCUGAGGCUGAACCAGGAGAUCGCCUGCGCUCAAAACGCGCUCAGACAGAACUCCUACCCGACGGUGACCGUGGAAGCCCUAGGAGGAGGACACGGGUUCCUCAUCAACGUGUUCUCCGACAAGACCUGCCCGGGGCUGCUCGUCUCCGUCCUCGAAGCCUUCGACGAGAUGGGCCUCAGCGUCCUCCAAGCCACCGCGUCGUGCGCAGGCUCCUUCCGUCUCGAGGCUGUAGGUGGAGAGAACGUGGCGGAGAACGUGGACGAGCACGUCGUGAAGCAGGCCGUCCUGCAGGCCAUAAGGAGCUGCUCCGAGAGCGGCAGCGAGCACGACGAGGAGUAGGGCGUAAGCACACACGCCUCGUCGUCCUAUCCUGGAGCAUCUGAAGAAGCCAGCCAAGAUCGCUUAUUCUAUUCUAUUUCUCUCUCUGUUUUGUUAUACACCUUCCGUUUCCUCAACCAGUGGCGAGAUGAGUAGCUCCUGAGUCCGAUCCUGAUCCGGUGAAUUCGUAGAACCCUUUCCUGUGUAAUAGUAUUAGGGGGCGCAUGCACCGUAAUUUAUAUCUGUAGUAUGGCAUAAGAUCAAGCUUGCAUGUAAGGAAUGAUGGGAGAGGUUGGAAGCAAAGCUGAAUAGAGCUAGUAUGCAACUGACCUUCCAUGUAUUGAUGCAGGUUAAAUCUCCAUAUGUAUAGAUUCGUCCAUUGAUCGAUUAA